GGCAAACGAGACUCAACUUGCGACCACCUCCAUGGGUAACAAGCACAGCCGCGCCGCGAAAAAGGCCAGCCGCCGAGGAGGUCUCGUGGACACAUCAAGUCCUAUUUUCUCUGAUGCACUGGGUGUGUCUGUGUGCACGGAGACAGAGCCCACGUCGCCCGCGUGUGUCACCGAUGAUCGCUUCUCGUUGACGCAGUGGAAGCUGUUCAACGACUUGGAAUCUCGCGAAGAAGCCGACUUGCUCGAGCUCACGUCGUUCCUGAAUGCGUUGCACGAGUACAUGCCGAGAAAGGACGAUGUGUCCGACCACCAGUUGAGCAGAACCUUGUCCACCGUGCAAAUCGACAUCUCCGACAUGUACGAAGGCGUGCGCUUGGAUUACCCCCUCACCCCUCAAAAUGCCAUCGACCUCGUGGACGGCUUCAAGCGCCAUCAGCCGUUGCAUCGGGAAUACGUGAUGCAGAUCCUCUUCUCGACCCUGGCAGUGCUUCAAGACAAGCCCAACGUCACGUACCUCAACAUUGCUCCGCAUCCGCACCUAACUGUUGUCGGAGACUUGCAUGGCCAAUUGGACGAUUUGCUGCUUAUUUUUCAUGAAAAUGGACUGCCGUCCCCUACGAACCCAUACAUUUUCAACGGCGACUUGGUCGAUCGCGGCCCCCGUGGCGUCGAGUGCGCGCUCAUUAUCUUCGCCUUCGUGCUGCUGUACCCCAAUGCUGUGCAUGUCAAUCGCGGCAACCACGAAGACAAGUAUAUUAACGUGUCGAUGGGGUUUAUGAAGGAAUGCCUCGACAAGUACGACAUGGACGUGUUUGAUACGUUUGGCUACGUGUUUUCGUGGUUGCCGUUGGCGGUGGUGCUGGACCAACGCAUUUUAAUCUUGCACGGGGGCGUGCCACGUCAACACACGCUCCGCCUGGACGAGCUGGACGCCAUUCCCCGCAGCGAGUACGAAGUGACAAAGGAGAAGCCGCCCACGGGUGCUUCUCCGUCUGAUAUUUUGCAGUUCAAACAGAACCAAAUCAUCCAGGACAUCCUAUGGAGCGACCCCAUGACAUUGGGCAACGACUGGGCCGAGAGCCGUCGCGGCGCCGGGAUCAAGUACGGCGCCAACCACGUGCACAAGUUUAUGGCACAUAACAAACUGGAUUGGAUCAUUCGGUCGCAUGAGUGUGUGCCGCAAGGGUUUGCCUGGCCCUACGGGGACAAAGGCAUGCUCGUGACAUUGUUUUCGGCGUCUAAUUACUGCGGCGUGGCCAACAACUUGGGCUGCUUCAUGCGCAUCCCCAGCGGCGCCAACGGUGCCAAGCCGUCGUUCUUCCAGUACAUGGCAACUAGUACUACUAGUAGUAGUACUAAUAGUGUCGACACCCCCAACCUGGUCGCGACCAACCUCGACGGGCUGUGCGACAUGAUCUGCACCCACCGCAGCGACUUGCUCGAGCGCUUUGAAGCAGCGGACGAGGCCAAGUCGCAUGUGAUUCCCGUGUCUACUUGGGAACACAUCAUGGACGACGUGCUGCAGGUCAAACUGAACUGGGCGAUUGUGCGGCCCCUGGUUACGUCGACGGAACCAGCCGACCCCCAAGCGAUCAACUACGUCGAGUUUUUGUACCGGUACCAAGUCCGAGGCUUGGAAAUUGAGGAUGAGCAUGACGGAGGACAACGGGUGGCGGAGGACACUCGGAAGCGGCGGCGCGACAUGUUCAACAACAUGUACCGAUAUCGCAAGCGCCUCCAAGCGCUGUUCCAAGUGUUCGACCAAGAUGGCAAUGGCACGAUCAACCUGGACGAGCUCAAAGCUGGCAUUGAAAUCCUGAACGAGCACUUACCAGUGGGUAUGAAGCCCUUCACGCACCCCGAGGACUUGAUGAAAUCGCUCGACUUUACCCACGACAACGAGAUCAACAUCAACGAGUUUAUGGAGUGUUUCCGCAUCCACGCCAACUUGACCGCGCAAGCGAAAUGGCGCCACGCAAAAUCAAAGUUGAAGAUCAUGUCCGCCCUUGGGAUGCUCAAAGUCGUGUCCGACGCCCCCGUGGUGACUGCGUCCGACGUGUCGUUUGAUAAGGAGAGCGAGUCCAUCUCCCCUGUCGUCGUAAUGCGGACGGACGGCAAUGACGACUCUGUCGUCGUGCUCCCAUAGUCGGUCGUGUGUCCUUGUAGAGAUAGACGCGAAGCUUAAACAUGUUGCUCUGUAACACGAUUAGGCAGGCAUGCAGAGUGCUCGUCGUGAUGGUACAGGGCGAAUACCGCGCAAGGUGCAGACGCCCUGCUCAGGCGAUGCCCAUAUGGCACGUCGGAGGGUGCGUAUUGGUGUCAUGGGGGGUGUUGCUGCAGCAUUCGCAAGGACCAACAAUUCGUCCAUUGCCAUCUCGUCCAGGACCAUCGCGGUCAUGCAUGAAAGAGUCUUCUUCCUCGCCAUCUCUGUGCUUCCUUGGGGAGUGGUGGGUGUCAUGCGCUUCAUAGAAGGUGUGCGAUCUUGGUUCGUCUCACAUAGCAAGUUUGGAUUUGAACUCGGUGGAUUGUUUUUG